ACCACCUCUGAGAAUAACACUGUCAACCAUAUAAUUGUCUACAACUGCACUGCUAUAGUACCCAGUCACUCCAGCUUCAAUUACACUUAUGUUACAGUAAUUGUUCCUAGCCAGAGUCUCGUGUCCACCACUGCUGGUACUAGUAGUUUCACCAGUUCUACCGUUGCUCAAUAUAUCAGUGAUGGUGGUAGCAGUGAUGAUACAUACAGUACCCUAAUGUCCACAACUUCAUCCGUUGCCAACACAAAUUGUUACAACUUUAAUAGUGCAACUGCUUCUUCUCUAACGUACCCGUCUCUGUCUAGUUUCACUACAACUGUGUCUGCUAGUCCCACUACCCAGACUGGUGAGACUACAACAGUUUCAGAUGCCUUGUUUCUAGUGCUACUGCAAUUGUGGCAAGUUUCAUGUUUUUGUAUGAUUGUCUGUCACAGAAGUGAGGCAGAAUAUAAUGGUGGUGUUAUUGCUGGAAUAGCUUCCACUGCAGCUAUAAUCACACUUAUAUCAAUUGCUGGCUGUGUUUUCUCUCUCGUGAGCAACAGAAUGAAGAUGAGAGAAAGUAAUGUGCCAAGGAGUAAGCUUCAGUCAGUAUCCUACAAGAGACCUUCAUUACUGGAGAGACUAGAGCUGAAGGAGGUUGGAAGGAGAGAGGAUAACAUUACCAGCAAUGUGAUGUCCACUGAAAAGGACUCUCUACUUGCUGAGGAUAUUCCAGUGAGGAGUGAUAUUCCAGUCAGUGAGUUUCCAGACUAUGUCAUUGAUAUGACAGUGGAAAACCAGCACGACACCUCCAAGUUAGCUAUUGAAUAUCAGCAAUUCAAUGAUGUUCCCACUCUAACUUUUGAAGUGGCCUGUCUUUAUGAUAACAUUGACUUAAACAGAUUCAGAAACAUAUAUCCAUAUGAUACGUCAAGAGUGACAUUAAAAAGUAUACCAGGAGAGUUGGGGUCCGACUAUAUAAACGCUUCUUUUAUUUCUGGAUACGGUGGGAAUAAAUACAUUGCAGCACAAGCUCCACUGAAUGAGACAAUUGAUCAUUUCUGGAGGAUGGUGUGGGAGUACGAGAUUGAAGCCAUUGUCAUGUUGACCAAAUGUGUGGAGAUGACAAGAGAGAAGAGUGCCCAGUACUGGCCUGAGUCACUGAGUGAGACCAUCACUCCUGGAGACAGACUCAGUGUCACUCUCUCUUCAUCCACACCUUAUGCCGAGUACCACGUCCGCAAACUUCUAGUCAAACAUCUGACAGAGUCUGACAAGUCAGUGACAGUGACUCAGUUCCACUACACAGCCUGGCCAGAUCACGGAGUUCCAGACAAUGUCAUGUCUGUCAUACGGUUCAUUCGUCAUGUCCGUAAACUGUUCCCUGCUGCCUCCCAAGACCAGCCACUGCUGGUACACUGCAGUGCAGGUGUGGGCCGCACCGGGACUUUCAUCACUCUGGAUAUGAUGAUGCAGCAGAUGAAGGCUGAGGCCACCCUCAGUGUCUGCCAGUGUGUCAGAAAUCUGAGAACACAACGUAUGAAGAUGGUGCAGACUCCGAUUCAGUAUGAGUUCAUUCACCAAGCUCUGAGUGAGCUGGUGGUGUGUGGAGAGACAGAGGUGACUGCCUCCAGUCUCAGUUUCACUACAACUGUGUCUGCUAUUCCCACUACCCACACCACAACAGCUUCAGUUACAGGUAAGAUGACUAACAUGUUCCCAGGUAAAGUGCAGUACAGUGUGGUGAAUGAUAAUCAUGUUAGUAACUACAGAAUGAAGAUGAGAGAAAGUAAUGUGCCAAGGAGUAAGCUUGAGUCAAUAUCCUACAUGAGAUCUUCAUUACUGGAGAGACUAGAGCUGAAGGAGGUUGGAAGGAGAGAGGAUAACAUUACCAGCAAUGUGUUGUCUACUGAAAAGGACUCUCUGCUUGCUGAAGAUAUUCCAGUGAGGAGUGAUAUUCCAGUCAGUGAGUUUCCAGACUAUGUCAUUGAUAUGACAGUGGAAAACCAGCACGACACCUCCAAGUUUGCUAUUGAAUAUCAGCAAUUCAAUGAUGUUCCCACUCUAACUUUUGAAGUGGCCUGUCUUUAUGAUAACAUUGACUUGAACAGAUUCAGAAACAUAUAUCCAUCUCCACUGGAUGAGACAAUUGAUCAUUUCUGGAGGAUGGUGUGGGAGUACGAGAUUGAGGCCAUUGUCAUGUUGACCAAAUGUGUGGAGAUGACAAGAGAGAAGAGUGCCCAGUACUGGCCUGGGUCACUGAGUGAGACCAUCACUCCUGGAGACAGACUCAGUGUCACUCUCUCUUCAUCCACACCUUAUGCCGAGUACCACGUCCGCAAACUUCUAGUCAAACAUCUGACAGAGUCUGACAAGCAAGUGACAGUGACUCAGUUCCACUACACAGCCUGGCCAGAUCACGGAGUUCCAGACAAUGUCAUGUCUGUCAUACGGUUCAUUCGUCAUGUCCGUAAACUGUUCCCUGCUGCCUCCCAAGACCAGCCACUGCUGGUACACUGCAGUGCAGGUGUGGGCCGCACCGGGACUUUCAUCACUCUGGAUAUGAUGAUGCAGCAGAUGAAGGCUGAGGCCACCCUCAGUGUCUGCCAGUGUGUCAGAAAUCUGAGAACACAACGUAUGAAGAUGGUGCAGACUCCGAUUCAGUAUGAGUUCAUUCACCAAGCUCUGAGUGAGCUGGUGGUGUGUGGAGAGACAGAGGUGACUGCCUCCGUCUCAGGUCCUUCACUGAGUCUCUCAGGGACCCAGUCACUGACUCUGGGCCCACUCUCUCACAACAACACCUGAAGGUGCUGGAAGAUCUAAGUACGCAGCAAAGGUGUGACUUCACGGGAGCCAAGGCUGAGGCAAACAUCAGCAAAAACAGAUUCUCAGAUAAACUGCCAAGUGAAGUAUACAGAGUAUCACUGACAGGCAACUCUGGCUCUGAAUACAUCAAUGCAUCCUUCAUCAAUGGCUACAAGCAGAGAGAUGCCUACAUAGCAACUCAGGGUCCACUGGAGGGAACAGUGGAGGACUUCUGGAGGAUGAUGUGGGAGUACCAGUGUGGCUGUAUCGUGAUGCUGUGUCAGCUGGAGGAAGACGGCCAGGAGAGCAGCUACCCCUACUGGCCAGGUGAGGAGGGAGAGGAGAUGGUGUGUGGGAGACUCUCUGUCAGACUAGUCAAGGUCAGAGGUCACGGCGACAUCGUGGAGAGGAGGAUGGAAGUCAAGGAGAACAAAUCAAUAUCUCCUGACAUACUCCGUGUCAAGAUGGUACAGCUAACGAGCUGGCCAUUAGAGGGGCUCCCCCACCCUACUGCCAUUAUCUCACUCAUUGAUAAGCUCAAUCAUGUUCUGAUGUCCACCUCCUCCAAACAGACUGUGGUCAUGUGCGGUGAUGGAGUAGUUCGGAGUGGGACAUUCCUGGUCAUCCACUCUCAGUUGGAACGUCUGAAGACAGAAGGUGUGGUGGAUGUCUUCCAGGCCAUCAAGUCUGCUCGCAUACACAGACCUGGAGUCAUACCCAACACUAAUCACUAUGUCUUCUGUUAUGAAGUACUGGCUGACUUUGUGGAGAGGACGGAAGCGUACCACAACUUCAAGACUCUUAUGUAGCUAAUGCACUAUUUGGUGGAUAUUAUAAUAUAUCAUGUGCAAAACCGUAGUAUUGUAUAAUUCAUAAUUAUGUAGCAGCAUAUCUGUGUUUAUACAUUUUUCGUUUUAUGUUCCUUUGCACCAGAAU